GGCAGUAAACGCAGAUUCAAAACUGAUACUCGCUCAGUGAAUCAUCAUAGAAGAAGCCGUUCGCGUAGUCGAGCUCUUCACAAGAGUUCAGCAAAAUCUAUCACGAUAUAACUGUUACCUGUAUUAUUUCAAGGAUUUACACUUGACAACAGCUGGUCAGAAUGGCAUCAGACUGGGUUGGCAGUCUUGUUUCAAUUCACUGUGGAGCAACUCUAGGAGUGUAUCAAGGAGAAGUAUCUUCAGUAGAUCAGACCAGCCAGACCAUCUCUCUCAGACAUCCCUUCCACAAUGGAGUCAAGUGUACUGUGCCUGAGGUCACUUUCAGUGCCAUGGACAUUAAAGAUCUCAAAAUCCUGGAGAUCCGUAAGAGCUUCAAUGAAGCGCCAAAGCAGAAUGGUCCAGACUCCAGUUCCACAUUGACGCCGCAUGGCGGGCGCAAGGACAAGGGUGGUGGCGCCCCAGUCAACAGCGCUCCUGUCACAGUACCUAAUAAAACUGAACCCAAAUUGCAGGAAGGAGGGCUGUCUCCGGUGCCACACUACUCCAAGAGUUACGGUGAACGUCACAUGGACAUGGCUGGCCAAAGUAAAGGCUUUAGACGAAGACACAACUCUUGGUCAUCUAGUUGCAGAGGUCCAAAUCAGGCCACACCGAAAAAGAACGGCCUGAAGAAUGGAGGUCAUAUGAAGAACAAAGACGAUGAAUGUUUUGGAGAUGGUAUGGAAGAUGUUCUCGAUGAGGACUUUGAUUUUGAGGGGAACCUGGCGCUGUUCGACAAGGCUGCAGUAUUCUCGCAGAUCGAGUCGUCAGAACGGCGAGGAAAUGGUGCGAGAUCUCGAGGGACGCCUGGAGAGCAAACGCCAUCACGUUACCGGCAUGACGAGAACAUCCUAGAGGCCAAACCCGUCGUCUACAGACAGAUCACAGUUCCAUAUAACGUAACGAAAGAGUACAGCACUGACUCAGGGCUGGUGGUCCCCAGCAUCUCUUUCGAGUUGCACAAGCGUUUGUUAGCUGCAGCAGAAAGUCAUGGUCUCUCACUGGAGCGCAGGCUUGAGAUGACGGGCGUAUGUGCGAGUCAGAUGGCCCUCACGCUACUUGGAGGACCGAACAGACUUACUCCAAAGAAUGUGCAUCAACGGCCCACAGUGGCCCUGCUGUGUGGACCACAUGUCCAGGGCGCUCAGGGCAUCAGCUGUGGCCGGCACUUGGCCAACCAUGAAGUGGAGGUCAUCCUUUUCCUGCCAAACUUCGUCAAGAUGUUGGAGGCCAUCACCAGUGAGCUUGCACUCUUUGGAAAGACGGGAGGCAAACUGGUUUCUAAUGUGAAAGACUUGCCCGAGACGCCAGUCGACCUGGUCAUAAACUGCCUGGACUCGCAUGAAAACGGAUUCUUGAGGGACCAACCCUGGUACAAGGCCGCCGCCGAUUGGGCCAACCAGAACCGAGCCCCCGUCCUGAGCAUUGACCCUCCAGUAAGUGGACAGGCGCAUGCUGUGGAAGCCAAAUGGUCACUUUCCCUGGGCCUCCCACUGCCUCUGUCCGAGGGCGCCGGCCGAGUCUACCUAUGUGACAUCGGCAUUCCCCGACAGGUAUUCCAAGAAGUGGGGAUCAAAUACCACUCCCCCUUCGGAUGUAAAUUCGUCAUCCCGCUGCACUCCGAAUAAGCCGUUGACCUUCACGGUCAAGGCUCACUGAACCUGCCUUAAAGAUUUUAAGAAUGAACGGACGUCGGUUUGAAUGUUGCAGCAGAACUGGAACUUCUCAGUCUCUCUUUUUUUUUUUUUCUUUUUUUUUCUUCUCAAAUUCUUCUCUACUUCUGUGAUGAUUCCCAUCAAAGGGAAGUGAUGGAAAACGAUACCAGCUCUUAUGACAAACCUGAUGUUAAAAGUGGAACCAAUAUCAGUAUACUCACCAUCUGCUUCAUAAUUCUUACAAUAAUCUUCCACACAGCCGCUUUAAUAUGCAAGGCUGAUAUUUUUAGAUGAAACAACAUUCAUAACCAAUUAAUAAAUUAUGCAGGUAUUCCACAAAAACAUCAAAACUGGCUCACACUUAAUGCAACUUAAUUGGUCUUAUGGCAUGUUUGAAUCUUAUUUUGUUACUUUCAGCCUCUCAAAUAGAAUAAUUUGCUUUUAGUUUAUAGUCAGAUGUUCUGAUUUUGACCGACUCAUAGAAAAAAAAACAUGCAUUAGAUGAGGGUUUUGCCUUUUUUCGCCCUUUUUUUUUUUCUAUUCGUGCCAGAUUGAUCAAAGUCAGUGUUAUAGGCACUGAAAAUGAGGCUUGCAAAAAUGUCAAAGCGUUAUUUGCUUUGUUGACCAAACCCAGUAUGCUGUAAAUAUGUCAGAUUUACUGGGCUCUUAUCAGUGAUAAAAUGUUGCACACUUGAAUGGUAAGGUAAGUGUACUAAAACUGUUUGUGAUACUGGUUGCCAUUGGGCCAUUACUGAUCAUUUUAAGCAGUCAUUGGCCAAUGCCACCAAUUUUCUCACGCUAAUAUUCAUUGCUGUGCUUUACCUCAUUUCCUUUUUGUUUCCGUUCUCAGUGCUUAAAGUAAUAAGCAGCUCAUUAGAUCCUGCUUUAAAAGGGUUUCAGAUGGAGCCGGCAUUGCUUGUUUGGUUACAUCAAACAAGGGUCUUUUAUUAAGGGAGAUGCUCCAUGCGUUGCAAUAAACCUGCUUGCUGAAAUCGAUUUGUGAUUUUAUUAUAGGUUGUAUUAUUGUGCGCACAAACCCAUUACAGAGCAAAAAGUCAGUGUGUGCUGCUCACUCGAUACUUUUGGGUAAUGAAUGGUGAGUUUUUCAAAAGCACUGAUAAAAGACAAAGAAAUUUUAGUUUGCACCUGCGGAUUAUCAUAUGCCUUCAAAGUAAAAUAAGAGGCACUUACUAUUCAGGAUCCAUAUGCGACAAUAAUGAACUUAAAAUUGUUUCACAGCUGACACCAGUAAUAAUGUACUGCUUUCAUAAGACUUAUUUUUUUAAAGCUUUAUAUUUUGUUUCUUCCUUCUCCCACAUUUUUUUUUUUUUUCUUCUGCUGAAUGAUGCUAAAUGUUUUUAUCUGUUUUCUGUUCAUAACCCACAUUCAUGGUUUAGGCAUAAUGGUCAUUAUUCACUUCUGCUCUUUUUUUUUUUUUUUUGGUUAAGCUAUGUACAAUCUAGGGUUGACUUCACUAAAGUUGACCACCACAGAUGUCUCAUUUUGCUUGUCAUAAAUGUUUAGAUAAACUAGAAACCAACAGACCUUACACAUCAGCUAUUCUCAGUCCUGGGAAAAAAUUAAAUGUGAAUUUUGGCUUUUCUUUAAGCUUUUUCUGUUGAUGUUUAUGUCUGUAAGGUCAUUGGUGCAGCUGUUGAAGAGCUUGAAAUUAGCUUAAAGACUGAGUGAAAAAAGGCAAUUAUUGAAAGCAUUAAUAAGUUAGUUAAUGAGAUUGCACUGUCCAUGUUGUGAGAACACAGGUCCAUCUUAUAGUAGAUGAAUACAGAUAGGAGAACAUGUAUAUCUAAUUAUUAUACAGCAGUUACCAAGCAAAUCCAGCACUAAGUGCUGCUAAAUUCAUUUGCUGGUCUUUAUGACUUGUUACUUGAGAUUAAAAUAUUACUGCUGUACAACUUUUUUUUUGAAAACUUAAGUUUGCAAAAAAAAAAAAAAAUCUGCUGCAGAGGCCAAUUGUAAUAUUCAAUGUAUUAUUAUUCGAUACCUAAGCACUACAUGUGCUUAGAUGUAUGUUAAAAUGCAGUUUGAAUCAUUCCUCUGUAGGAGUUUGCUUCUAAAAAACUAUGACCAAACUCUGUUGAGCAAUUAAAAAAAAAAAGAAAAAAAAAAAAGUGAAGACGUUUUGUUAUCUGGUGAUGCUCAUUUGUGUCAUCAUUGAAUACGUUUCUGAAGGUUCCGAGAGGUUUUGUUCAGUAUCAAAAGUUGAAAGUUACUUUCCAUUCUUUUUUUUCCAUUCUUAUGCCUUUUUCUUUACAAAAGCAUGAGAUAAAGGUUGUUGGCGUUGCGUAAUUUUAUCAUUUAUCUCUGCACCUGUUGUACAAGGCAACAAACUGGUUUAGACAACAUUAAUUGUGAAUUAGUGACACAUCUGUUCAGCAUAAUUCUGAUAUCACUGGAAACCUUACAUGCUUAAUAUUGUCAACCUUGAAGUGUAAGGACUGAAUAAAUAAAGAGAAUGGAAAUAA